AUGAACAGUGGACUCCCACCUUCCGCUGCUCCGCUCGGGGGUACCGGGAUACCUAAUGUCAAGGUAAAGUUUUGCCGAUACUACGCGAAAGACAAGACAUGCUUUUACGGAGAUGAGUGCCAGUUCCUGCACGAGGAUCCCUCCAUGGGAAGCAUGUCGCUGCACGGAGGCGGCGGUAGCCCCGUCCCGCUGCCUGUGGCUGGAGGUGGCGGGACGCCAGCGGGGUAUUCCCUCGGUGGCACGACGGCACCGGUCUGCCCAGGCGGCGGAGGGACCGGUGUGUCCAAAAAAACUGAAGCACUGGGGCCUGCGGGCACGACGUUGGACGGACAGCUGCUUACCAUCCCAGGGAUGGAGGGUCCAGCCCUAAGUGAUGCCAAUCUCACCAACUCUUACUUCAGCAGCAGCUUCAUUGGUGUCAACGGGUUUGGAAGCCCAGCAGAGCCGAAAUAUACAAUGAUGCAGCGAAUGACUACCAGCAGCAGCUCUCCCAGUCUUCUCAAUGAUGGUGCCAAGAAUUUCAGCCACAGCACUCAUGAUCCAGUGAACUCCUCGACUUCGUCACUGUUCAGUGAUUUCGGUGCUCUUAGCAUUUCCCAGAGGAGAAAGGCUCCUAACCCGACAGCGAGCGAAUUCAUCCCUAAGGGCGCUCCGAGAAUGGCCGCCAUGACGCAGUCUGCAGUUCAGGCCUUCCCUUCUCCGCUCUUUGCUCAUCCUGGUCUUGGGGGCUCCACAGCUGCUUUGGCGCCAGGUAUGUCUUUGUCUGCUGGAUCAUCUCCUCUCCACUCCCCAAAAAUCACGCCUCAAACCUCACCCGCCCCUCGUCGACGGAGUCACACCCCGAACCCUGCCAACUAUAUGGUGCCCACCACUGCGUCUGACCAGGGCGCACACGUCAUUCAGAAAGAGACCGUAGGGGGGACGACGUACUUCUACACAGACAACACCCCAGUGCCAAUGGCAGGGAUGGUGUUUCCUACCUUCCAUAUCUACCCCCCCACUGCCCCCCAUGUGGCUUACAUGCAGCCAAAAGCCAACGCCCCGUCCUUCUUCAUGGCUGAUGAGCUCCGCCAGGAACUAAUUCACAGGCAUCUAAUAACCAUGGCCCAAAUUGACCACUCAGAGAACCCAGAUGUACCGUCCGAGGUGGACAGCUACCACAGCCUGUUUCCCCUCGAGCCUCUCCCUCCACCCAACCGCAUGCAGAAAACCAGCAACUUCAGCUACAUCACCUCCUGCUACAAGGCGGUCAACAGCAAAGAUGACCUGCCAUACUGCCUGAGGAGGAUACAGGGUUUCCGCCUUGUUAAUACCAAAUGCAUGAUGCUGGUCGACAUGUGGAAGAAGAUUCAGCACUCGAACACAGUGACGCUGAGAGAGGUCUUCACAACUAAGGCCUUUGGAGACCACUCUUUGGUUUUUUCAUACGACUUCCAUGCAGGUGCAGAAACGAUGUUCAGCAGGCAUUUUAACGACCCAGCAGCAGACUCGUACUUCACAAAGAGGAAGUGGGGCCAGCAUGAACCUCCUCCACCACGGCAGCAUGCAGGCCUUCUUCCAGAGUCGCUGAUCUGGGCCUACAUUGUCCAGCUUAGCUCGGCCUUGCGGACCAUCCACACAGCCGGCCUUGCCUGUCGGGUUAUGGACCCCAGCAAGAUACUCAUCACUGGCAAAACCAGGUUACGGGUGAACUGCGUCGGCGUGUUUGAUGUCUUAACGUUUGACAACAGUCAGACCAAUCAUCUUGCCCUGAUGCCACAGUACCAGCAAGCUGAUCUAGUAUCGCUGGGGAAGGUGGUGCUGGCUUUGGCCUGUAAUUCACUAGCUGGAAUACAGAGGGAGAAUCUGCAGAAAGCCAUGGAGCUGGUGUCUAUAAACUACUCUUCGGACCUCAAGAACCUUAUUCUGUACCUGCUGACUGAUCAGUCCCGUCUGCGCAGCGUCAAUGACAUCAUGCCCAUGAUUGGAGCACGCUUCUAUACGCAACUCGAUGCAUCGCAGAUGAGGAAUGAUGUCAUCGAGGAGGACCUUGCAAAGGAGGUACAAAAUGGCCGCCUCUUUCGCCUGCUUGCCAAACUUGGAACCAUCAACGAGCGACCAGAGUUUCAGAAGGACCCGGCGUGGUCUGAGACAGGUGACCGCUACCUUUUGAAGCUUUUCCGGGAUCACCUGUUUCACCAGGUGACGGAAGCAGGGACGCCGUGGAUUGACCUCAGCCACAUUGUCAGCUGCCUCAACAAACUGGACGCGGGUGUUCCUGAGAAGAUCAGCUUGGUUUCCAGGGAUGAGAAGAGCGUCCUUGUCGUCACCUAUUCGGACCUGAAGCGCUGCUUCGACAGCACCUUCCAGGAGCUGCAGGCUGCAGCUGCCGGCUCUCUGUAGCGCCCCCUUUGGGCUCAGGCGGGGACCGCCCCCACCUGGAGCGCACCAUUGCACUACAGUGGAGGACCAGGCUCUCGGACAUCAGCACAGCGAAGGCAACGAGGCGGGGCUUCGUCAACCUCAGUCACAUACACUGAUUCCUGUCCACCAGGAACCAUUUUUUUGUAAAGCAUAUAUUUUUCUUUGUUUUUGUGGCUGAAAAUUGAAAAACGAGGGAAAAAAGGAAAAUUGAUAACAAGGAAGCUGUGAUGACCGACAUUUUUUUAAAUUUGGGGAA